CUCAAGUACCCCUCCCCCAUGUUGACAAUAUCAGUUUACCAUGUGCAUCUCAUUACUAUUUAUAUGGCUCCCACAAUCUUUAUUGAGUUCAAUUAUACUCCUAUUCAUCUCAAAUAUCUCUCUCUCCUCCCCCAUCUCUCUCUAGAAACAGAAACUGAAUCCCUUCAAUUAUUUUGUCUGCAGAUCAAGAGUGGGUUCCCGAAUUCGGAGAUUAAAAUAAACCCAGACCCAUCACUUGUUCAAUACAACUCCAAAAAGACCGAUCAAAAAAACAAAAAAAACUCCAAAAAGGGUUGGGCUGAUUUUUCUUGGAAUUUCUUGAUCUUCAAAUUUCAGGUCUUGUUCAGUUCAAAAAAAAACUUAUUCAGAGUUUUUGCUGCUGAUUGGUUCCCUUUCCUGUGUUCACCUUUCUGGGGAUUUGGCUCUGACCCCAAUAAAUUUAUCAACUCACCUUUCUUGGGCUUUGAGCUAUUUCGUCUCUCUCUCUCUCUCUCUCUCUCUCUCUCUCUCUCUCUCUCUCCAGAGCAUGUGGGGCUUCAUGCUUCUGCCUCCUCCACUGCUAGUUUUGAUCUCUGGGUCAUAAUUUUGAGAAGUGGUUGUGUUGGGUAGCUUACCAUUGUACCAGUACAAGAGAGUACAUGGCCUGUCCUUUUAUAGUUCUGCCUUAAAAAUGUCAGCUUAUCCAUUUACCCUAGAGAGUGAUUAAAGCUAUUCAAUUUGUUUUAAGAAUUCUGAAUCAGAUGUUUUUACUGUGAAUGAUCUUUAUGGGUACUAGGGUUUGUUUGUGAAUUUGAUUGUGAUCUCUUUCCUGUCAUAUAAAGAUGGAAUCUGGAGAUGGGUUUUACUCUAUUGAUGAGUUUAGGUUAGAUGCCAAGUGGCUAAUUGAUCCCAAGUAUCUAUUUGUUGGGCCAAGGAUUGGAGAGGGAGCUCAUGCCAAAGUCUACGAGGGAAAAUAUAGGAAUCAUAGUGUCGCUGUUAAAAUUGUUCAUAGAGGAGAUACGCAGGAGGAAAUUGCUAAGAGGGAAGGACGUUUUGCAAGGGAGGUCGCCAUGUUAUCCAGAGUUCAACAUAAAAACUUGGCAAAGGUGGGUUGUGAUUCUGAGCUUGUUACGAUUGUUCACUGCUGGAUCUUUCAUGCAUUUGAUUGCAACAACGUAGUUAUAUCAUCUGAUGAUGAUUAUUCCAUUGUUGUGCAACAGUUUAUUGGUGCGUGCAACAAGCCUGUGAUGGUGAUAGUCACUGAGCUCUUAUUGGGGGGCACAUUGCGUAAAUAUUUGCUGAACAUGCGUCCGAGGUGCUUGGAUACACGUGUUGCAGUUGGUUUUGCACUUGACAUUGCUCGUGCGGUUGAGUGUUUGCACUCUCAUGGGAUCAUACAUCGCGAUCUAAAGCCCGAAAACUUGAUCUUGACAGCAGACCAAAAAACAGUUAAGCUCGUGGAUUUUGGUUUAGCAAGAGAAGAGUCAUUAACGGAGAUGAUGACUGCUGAAACAGGGACGUACCGAUGGAUGGCACCUGAGUUGUACAGCACUGUUACCUUGAGGCAUGGAGAGAAGAAGCACUACAACCAUAAAGUAGAUGCAUAUAGCUUUGCCAUUGUGCUGUGGGAGCUCUUACACAACAAGUUGCCAUUUGAAGGCAUGUCAAAUCUGCAAGCAGCAUAUGCAGCUGCCUUUAAGAACACACGACCUAGCUUGGAUGACCUCCCGCAAGACCUGGCUUUAAUUUUGGAUUCAUGUUGGAAUGAGGAUCCAAAUGCUCGCCCCAACUUCAGCCAAAUAGUACAGAUGCUCCUACAUUAUCUUUCGAUCAUCUCGCCUCCCGAGCCCAUGAUCCCUUCCCGUGUUUUCAUGUCUGAGAAUGCAGUCUUGCCUCCAGAAUCUCCAGGCACAAGCUCUUUGAUUGCUCUAUGUAAUAACUCUGGGGAUACCCCCAGAGGAGAGAUGGAAAACAAACCAAAAGGUAUCUUCUUAUGCUUCAGCCAGUGCUAUUAACUGUUCAAUGACAAAUGAGAGUUGGGAGAUGGAGAGGUUCUGUCCACCCAAGGGGUAUACUAGUACUGCAAAUGAAGCUCGGUGCAAAAAUAGGCUUUAGUCCGCAUGUACUUUUUGGUAACACGUUAAAUGUAAAAUUACCACGUUCUUUUUCUUUUAUUCACUUCAAUUUGCGAGAUGAGAUGCUUGCAGUCUUGUUUCUCCAAAUUAAAUCAGUUGUAGGACCUUAGUUCUAAUGGCAUGGUUCUAUAAUCAAAUAAUUUCUACUCUGUA